AGCCGGGGAGCACAUGCUUAGCUCUAAGUCUUGUUUAUAAAGGCGGCGUGCUAGUGUGAAAUCUCCGAAACGUGCGCACGCCCAUAGUAUAGAAAGGAAGGGGGGGGGGUCGCACUUUACUCAGAGGCUAUUAAUUUCCCAGCUGACGUGGGAGCGAGAAAAAGCUGAGGGGCUGAACUGUCGACUGGCCAUCUCUCCCAGUCUGGAGGAGAGGACAGAGGCGCACGCUGACCUGCGCGACACACAGCCGGUUUUUAUCCCCACCAGGACUCGUGUACGCUCUCCUUGCGUGCUCAUCCGUGGACGGACAGACUCCACUCAGAGCGAUGACUGGUGGGAAUUAUCCACCGGCUCUCUGUCAUUUCUCCGGCGUAGCUCGCCCCACCGCCACCCGCCCUUAGAAUAAAAGCUCGCCGGGAAGCGACUCAGCCCCACCACCGUUGUCUAACAGCUGGGAUUGACACUUUACAAUGUCUUGACGUGGAGGGUGAGACACAGAGAUGAUGACAGAUUAUCGGGAGGAUGGCAUGGACCUGGGGAGUGAUGCGUCCAGUCGCUCCAGCUCAGAGUCCAACUCCAACAAGGUCACACCUUGCUCUCCUUCUCUUGACCUGGCCACUUUAGAGGAUUACAAAUCCUCCCCUUCGCCGGAUCUUGUCACUUUAGAGGACUACGAGGAGGAUGAGGACUACCAAGAGUAUAAGAAGAAAGUGAUAGAGGAGUGGGAGAGUGAAUAUGGAGAGGAAUAUACAUCUCCACAGCCCUCCGGUCAAGGGGAAAGCAGUGAGGGCGUCGUGAGUGUCGAUGGCCUUGGUGAAGGCUACAGGAAGACGGUCAACAGUCGCAGCCUUGCUGAAGAAUUCCAGGAUAUGAAGACCGUCCCGCCCCUGCCAGCCCCUGAAGGACGCACCGCCACCACAGUAGCAGCCGUCCCAGAAGAACUCAAACAGAAUGGGAAUCUGAUUUUGCCCAGGAGCAACCAGCUCCGCUCUCCCAGCACACCGCGGGGGGUCACGGGGACUGCCAAACCCAGCCGCCGCAGCUCCAGUCAAGGCAGGGGGAGCCAUGCUGGUGGAGGGGGUGGUGGUGGAGGAGGAGGAGGAGGUGAAGGAGGAAGUGAGGGGACUGGGGGACUGGUGCGAGACUACAGAGAAGGGGAGGUUUUAGAGGAAGAGCCUCUGCCUACCAUGGACUGGGCAGCCUUAGAGAGACACCUGGCUGGUCUUCAGUGCAGAGAGCAGGAGAACCAAAACCUCAACCAAAACCAGAACCACAACAUGGGCAAGACCAACUACACCUCAGUGAGUGCGCAUGUUUCUUCCUGUGAGAUUCUAAGAUUUUGA